UGCGGCGGCAGAGGAUGGCCAUCUUAAGUGGCCGCUGAGAGUCAAGGGCCGCUUCCCCCGGGAAGGGGGCUUCGGAGCGGCCCAGGAGUUGAGGCCGGCGCUGCAGGCGGCGGCAGCGGCGGCGGUGCGGCGAACGAGUCGGCCUGCCCGGCGGAGCGCGGAGCCCCCGACCCCCGGCUCGGUCCGGUCCGUGGAUCCUCAGGCCCCGGCCCCGGGCCCGGCCCCAGCCUCGGCCCCGAGCGUCCCGGGGCGGAUGGCGCGGGGCGGUGGGCGCGGGCGGCGCUGAGCCCUGCGCGCGCUAUGGCCUCGGCGUGCGGGGCGCCGGGCCCGGGGGGUGCGGGGCCCGGGGGCGCGCUGGGCAGCCCGGCCCCCGCCUGGUACCACCGCGACCUGAGCCGCGCUGCCGCCGAGGAGCUGCUGGCCCGGGCAGGCCGCGAUGGCAGCUUCCUGGUCCGAGACAGCGAGAGCGUGGCGGGAGCCUUCGCGCUCUGCGUCCUGUAUCAGAAGCACGUGCAUACAUAUCGAAUUCUACCUGAUGGAGAAGACUUCCUGGCCGUGCAGACCUCGCAGGGCGUGCCCGUGCGCCGUUUCCAGACCCUGGGCGAGCUCAUCGGCCUGUACGCCCAGCCCAGCCAGGGCCUUGUGUGUGCCCUGCUGCUGCCUGUGGAGCGGGAGCGCGAGCCAGACCCCCCUGACGACCGUGAUGUCUCAGAUGGUGAGGAUGAGAAGCCCCCGCUGCCCCCGCGUUCUGGCUCCACCAGUGUUUCUGCCCCCGUGGGGCCCGGCAGCCUCCCAGCAGCCCCUGAGACUCCCACAAGUCCAGCUGCUGAGAGUGCUCCCAAUGGGCUGAGCACUGUCUCGCACGAGUACCUGAAGGGUAGCUACGGACUGGACCUGGAGGCUGUGCGAGGCGGAGCCAGCAACCUGCCCCACCUUACCCGCACCCUUGCCACCUCAUGCCGGAGGCUGCACAGUGAGGUGGACAAGGUCCUGUCGGGCCUGGAGAUCCUGUCCAAGGUGUUUGACCAGCAGAGCUCUCCCAUGGUGACCCGCCUUUUGCAGCAGCAGACUCCACCGCAGACUGGGGAGCAGGAGCUGGAGAGCCUGGUGCUGAAGCUGUCCGUGUUAAAGGACUUCCUGUCAGGCAUCCAGAAGAAGGCCCUGAAGGCCCUGCAGGACAUGAGCUCCACAGCCCCGCCAGCUCCGCUGCAGCCAUCCAUACGUAAGGCCAAGACCAUCCCCGUGCAGGCCUUUGAGGUGAAGCUGGAUGUGACUCUGGGCGACCUAACCAAGAUCGGGAAGUCGCAGAAGUUCACGCUGAGCGUGGAUGUGGAGGGCGGGCGGCUGGUGCUGCUGCGGAGACAGCGGGACUCGCAGGAGGACUGGACGACCUUCACACAUGACCGCAUCCGCCAGCUCAUUAAGUCCCAGCGUGUCCAGAACAAACUGGGUGUCGUGUUUGAGAAGGAGAAGGAUCGGACACAGCGCAAGGACUUCAUCUUUGUCAGUGCCCGGAAGCGGGAGGCCUUCUGCCAGCUACUGCAACUCAUGAAGAACAAGCACUCCAAGCAAGAUGAGCCCGACAUGAUCUCUGUCUUCAUAGGCACCUGGAACAUGGGAAGUGUGCCACCUCCGAAAAACGUGACAUCUUGGUUCACAUCGAAGGGUCUCGGGAAAACCCUGGAUGAGGUCACAGUGACCAUACCCCAUGACAUCUAUGUCUUUGGGACCCAGGAGAACUCAGUGGGCGACCGCGAGUGGCUGGACCUGCUACGCGGGGGCCUCAAGGAACUCACAGAUCUGGACUAUCGCCCGAUUGCCAUGCAGUCACUGUGGAACAUCAAGGUAGCUGUUCUGGUCAAGCCAGAGCAUGAGAACCGAAUCAGCCAUGUCAGUACAUCCAGCGUGAAGACUGGCAUCGCCAACACCCUGGGAAACAAGGGAGCUGUGGGAGUCUCCUUCAUGUUCAAUGGCACCUCAUUUGGCUUUGUGAAUUGCCACCUCACCUCAGGAAAUGAGAAAACCGCCCGGCGGAACCAGAACUACCUGGACAUCCUGCGGCUGCUCUCGCUGGGCGAUCGGCAGCUCAGUGCCUUUGACAUCUCUCUGCGUUUCACUCACCUCUUCUGGUUUGGGGACCUCAACUACCGCCUGGACAUGGAUAUCCAGGUGCAAACAGGGCUGCUGGGUGGCUGCGAGGGAAGCUGGGCUGGGGGCCAGUUGGGCUCCCACCUCUGGCUCUGGCUCAACAGGGAGUGGCCAGCCCUUGUGUCUUCACUGCAGGAGAUCCUGAACUACAUCAGCAGGAAGGAGUUUGAGCCCCUGCUCAGGGUGGACCAGCUUAAUUUGGAACGCGAGAAGCACAAGGUCUUCCUUCGGUUCAGUGAGGAAGAGAUCUCCUUCCCGCCCACUUACCGCUACGAGCGGGGCUCCCGGGACACGUAUGCCUGGCAUAAGCAGAAGCCAACUGGGGUCCGGACCAAUGUGCCUUCGUGGUGUGACCGGAUUCUUUGGAAGUCCUACCCUGAGACCCACAUCAUCUGCAAUUCCUAUGGUUGCACGGAUGACAUCGUCACCAGCGACCACUCCCCCGUGUUUGGGACAUUUGAGGUUGGAGUAACCUCUCAGUUCAUCUCCAAGAAAGGGCUCUCAAAGACUUCGGACCAGGCCUACAUUGAGUUUGAGAGCAUCGAGGCCAUUGUGAAGACAGCCAGCCGCACCAAGUUCUUCAUUGAGUUCUAUUCCACCUGCCUGGAAGAGUACAAGAAGAGCUUCGAAAAUGAUGCCCAGAGCAGUGACAACAUCAACUUCCUCAAGGUGCAGUGGUCUUCACGCCAGCUACCCACGCUCAAGCCAAUUCUGGCUGAUAUCGAGUACCUUCAGGACCAGCACCUCCUGCUCACGGUCAAGUCCAUGGAUGGCUACGAAUCCUAUGGGGAGUGUGUGGUGGCACUCAAGUCCAUGAUUGGCAGCACGGCCCAGCAGUUCCUGACCUUCCUGUCCCACCGCGGCGAGGAGACAGGCAACAUCCGUGGUUCCAUGAAGGUGCGGGUGCCCACAGAGCGCCUGGGCACCCGUGAGCGACUCUACGAGUGGAUCAGCAUUGAUAAGGAUGAGGCAGGAGCAAAGAGCAAAGUCCCUUCUGUGUCUCGAGGCAGCCAGGAUCCCAGGUCAGGGAACCGCAAACCAGCCCCUGCAGAGGCCUCCUACCCACUGUCCAAGUUAUUCGAAGAACCAGAAAAACCACCACCAACUGGGAGGCCCCCAGCCCCACCUCGAUCUGCCCCCCGGGAGGAGCCCUUGACCUCCAGGUUGAAGGCAGAGGGGGCUCCAGAGCCGGAAGGGGUGGCAGCCCCCCCACCCAAGAACAGCUUCAAUAACCCUGCCUACUACGUCCUUGAAGGGGUCCCCCACCAGCUGCUGCCCCCGGAGCCACCCUCGCCUGCCAGGGCCCCUGUCCCGCCGGCCACCAAGAACAAAGUGGCCAUCACAGUGCCUGCUCCACAGCUUGGGCGCCACCGGCCCCCCCGUGUGGGAGAGGGGAGCUCAUCAGAUGAGGAGUCUGGGGGCACACUGCCCCCUCCAGACUUUCCACCCCCACCACUGCCAGACUCGGCCAUUUUCCUGCCCCCCAGCCUGGAUCCUCUGCCAGGGCCAGUGGUCCGGGGCCGCAGCGGGGGUGAGGCCCGUGGCCCACCACCUCCCAAGGCCCAUCCAAGACCCCCGCUGCCCCCAGGCCCCUCACCUACCAGCACUUUCCUGGGGGAGGUAGCCAGUGGGGACGACCGCUCCUGCUCCGUGCUGCAGAUGGCCAAGACGCUGAGUGAGGUGGACUAUGCCCCUGCUGGGCCUGGCCGCUCGGUACUUCUGCCAGGCCCCCUGGAGCUGCAGCCGCCCCGGGGACUGCCCUCGGACUAUGGCCGGCCUCUCAGCUUCCCUCCGCCUCGCAUCCGAGAGAGCAUCCAGGAGGACCUGGCAGAGGAGGCUCCGUGCCCGCAGGGCGGGCGGGCCAGCGGGCUGGGCGAGGCGGGCAUGGGCGCCUGGCUGCGGGCCAUCGGUUUGGAGCGCUAUGAGGAGGGCCUGGUGCACAAUGGCUGGGACGACCUGGAGUUUCUCAGCGACAUCACCGAGGAGGACCUGGAGGAGGCUGGGGUGCAGGACCCGGCUCACAAGCGCCUCCUUUUGGACACCCUGCAGCUCAGCAAGUGAUAGCGGUGGCACUGCGAAGCUGCGAACUCGGCACCCCUACCCCUCCACUAAGGCCCAGCCAUAGCUCCGAAGUUGAAAAGUUAUGAGGGGUGGGGCAGUACCUCUCUGGCUAUUUAUUGGGGAUCUGCGUUCCCCACUGCCCAAUCGUUUGGAAUGCCCUAAUUAGGACAUCCUGCCCCUCACCUGCCCCAGGGCUUCAGAGGUCAGUUGCCGUGAUUACCAAGGACUUCGGUUGUUCUGGUGCUGACCUCCUUUUCUGGAACCCUACUCCCAGCCCCAGGGGUGCCCGUAGGGUCGUCCAUUUGGCUACGCCUGGGUCCCCACUUUAACCGCUGUUUCUGCUGCCUUCCACCUGGCCUGAACCACAGGGGGAGGGGCUCAGCUAGGACCUCUCCCAGCCCCCACUAUGGGGGUGUCCGUCCGGAAAUGAAGGAAUAGCCCAAGGACCGGGCUGGGGUUUAUUUAAGGCUUUCUGCGUGGGUUUAGGGAGGGCGGGCACUUUUAAUGUUAUUGGGGCUGGUGGGGGUGGGGAGAAGGAUCUGGGCCAUAAAGUGCUAGUUUGCUUAGUUCUCACUGUCACCUGGUCUAUACCACCUUGGGUUGCGGAUGUGGGGCUGCAGUGGGUACCUUGCUGGUUGCAAGCGGGUCGGGUUCUUGCAGGCAGCCUAUCCCCAUCCUGGGUACUCAGAAGGGUUGCCAGCGUGAUGUCUUCAAUAAAUUAAGUUUUAUUUGGAUUGAGCAAAA